AUGGCUUCAUUGAUUAACGACGAUUCUCACAUAUCUAAUGCGGCUAAUAACAUGGGCUCGUACCGAGUAAUAAAGGGCUGGGUGAAUGGUAUAGGAUAUCUCCCGGAUUCACGAUUGAUGCUGUACUUGGAGCAAGCUGGAUUUGGGCCAGCAGCAUUGAUCCGGACGUUCGACUUGCGGUAUGAUUUAACAUCUGCACUACUACUAGGAGAUUCGCCAAACGAUGAUGAGUCAAAUUUUACGAGCUUGAAAUUUACAUGGCUAAAAGCCAAAUUUGGACAGUUAUUAGCGAAUGCCACUGAAAGUGUGUUGAUGUGCGCUGCUCGAGCGUACAUCAUGCAUAUUAUAGGGGGAGUACUGAUGCCCGAUGCAAACAACAACAAGGUGCAUAUGAUGUACUUAUCCCUAUUAGCUGAUUUGACCAAUGUUAGCUCGUAUAGCUGGGGCUCCGCCGUUCUAGCAGUGUUGUAUCGGGAGUUUUGUCGGACGACAAAGCCUUCUGUUGUAGACAUGGGCAGAUGCCUUACAUUGCAGCAGUCCUAG